GUCAUUGUUGAUGGUAAACUGAAAAUACGUGCUUUUUAUGCGGGUCAUGUGCUUGGUGCUGCAAUGUUCCUUGUUUCGGUUGGCUCGGAGAGUGUUCUGUACACAGGUGACUUCAAUACGACACCGGAUAGGCAUUUAGGUGCGGCACAUGUUGAGCCUGGAUUGCGACCGGAUUUGCUGAUUACUGAGACGACAUACGCAACAACGAUUCGUGAUUCGAAACGUGCUCGCGAGCGUGAUUUUCUGAAAAAAGUUCAUGAUUGCGUUGCAAAUGGUGGAAAGGUGUUGAUCCCCGUGUUUGCAUUGGGUCGUGCUCAAGAGUUAUGCAUUCUACUUGAAUCGUAUUGGGAACGAAUGGAUUUGAAAAUCCCCGUUUACUUCUCGCAAGGUCUUGCUCAGAAAGCCAAUCAGUAUUAUCGAUUGUUCAUUAAUUGGACCAACGAGAAAAUCAAACGAACAUUCGUGCAUAGGAACAUGUUCGAUUUUAAGCAUAUUGGACCGUUCGACAAUUCAGCCGCUGACGCACCAGGACCUAUGGUACUAUUUAGUACGCCUGGAAUGCUCCACGGUGGUCAGUCGUUGCGAGUUUUCAAACAGUGGUGUUCGGACGAGAAGAACAUGAUCAUUAUGCCUGGAUUUUGUGUUGCUGGAACUGUGGGUGCGAAGGUUAUUGCUGGUGCCAAAAAAAUUGACAUCGACGGAAUAACAUAUGACAUCAAUCUCGGUGUGGAAUAUAUGUCGUUCAGUGCUCAUGCGGAUGCGAAAGGAAUCAUGCAGUUAAUUCGGCACACCGAGCCGAAGAAUGUGAUGUUUGUGCAUGGCGAAGCUUCAAAAAUNCAUCACUCUUACUUAUUUGUGGAGUUUGGUCUGCGGGUCUACAAGCCGGCGAAUGGUGAAUCGAUAACGAUCGAAAAGGAUGUGGAUGGUUCCUUGACGGUACCAUCGCAAUUGAUCGAACGUUCCAUCGCUCUCGACCCAACUCCAAGCAAGAAAUUCUGCCCUUUUCGUGCAUAUGUGGUCAUGGAUAAACAGUCGAAUCAAUUGGAAGUUAUAUCUGCGAAAGCAGCUGCCAGGCAGUUCAGCGUUAAUUUACAUUCGAUAACAUUCAGUGAUACGAUACAGUUGGAGGAAAUUGAUUGGCAUAAAAUUGCAAAUAAAUUGAGGCGAUUCGACCCGCAUUUGGACGUUAAACAGAAUUGUCGUCCAUUCCAGGAUGGACUGGAAAUGUUCAGUGGCGAACUUCUGUUAGCCGAAGUGAACGGCAAACCGAAUGAAGUUGAGAUAAUAUGGGAUGAAAUGCGAGAGGAAUGGUUUGAUGUGAUUAGUCGGGCGUUAACUCAAAAAUAUUUCUUCUAA